CGGAGACAGGGACACUGUCCCACCUCCGAGAGGCCCCAGAAACCCUGCUGUUGGGAGCCUGGGCCGCCCGAGACCCCGACUGGGCAGCCCGGCAGACAUCCCCACAGCACACGUGAGCCGGGUAGGCUCCAGGGUGGUUGGCAGCGUGCAUUCGGCUGUAGAGAGCCAGCCAUGCUUCGCACUCCCGCCCCUCCGCCUCUGUAGCAACCACCGGAGCAGCCCGAGACCCCGGCUGUGGUAGACAUGCCCAUAGACUGUACAGUGGAGAGUCGCACGGUGCGAGAUCAGGCUGCAAAGCCCCUCUGUUCCAUUUCAGGACUUGGCGGUACAGCGGCGCACUACAUUCCGUUAGGUACUUCGUCCCCAGAUCACUCGGGUGCAAGGAACAGCUCCAGGAUGUCAGGUGCAUAACCUUAACCCAAGCUGCACCGGCUCCGGGAACCCAAGGUCCCACCCUGACGACUCCGCAUGUUUGGAGCAAAGUUAACAGAAUGAAUGGCCCAUGAGCGUGCUUGUUGUCGACCCGAUCGCCUGAGGAGACACCAUUCUACGUGGGGAAUUGUGACUUCCAAAUCAGUGCUGGUGGCAUAAGAAAGACGCUGACAGACCGAAUCCCGCUGAGGGGCGGAGCGUCUGGGAGAGCGGUCACGUGGAGGAACCGGAAGUCCUACCCAUCAUCUUCUCCCCACCUAUUGCUGCACUGGUUUGUGUUUAGGACUCGAUCUCCGUCUUCCUCCUACUUUUGUCGCUCUUGGUCUAAGGUGAUGGCUCCGCCUGGGGAUCCGCGACGCCUCUGCAGGCUGGUGCAGGAGGGCCGGCUGCGCGCCCUGCAGGAGGAACUGGAGGGAGCCGGAGGUUGUCAGGGGCCGGAGGCGGCCCGAGGUUGCCAGGGGCCAGCAGGGGACACCCUUGUCCACUGUGCAGCCCGGCACGGGCGGCAAGACAUCCUAGCUUAUCUAGUGGAGACUUGGAGUAUGGACAUCGAGGCUGCCAACCGAGACUACAAGCGGCCUCUUCACGAAGCUGCCUCUAUGGGCCACCGGGACUGCGUGCGCUACCUCCUGGACCGAGGUGCAGUCGUGGACUCCUUGAAGAAAGCUGACUGGACUCCUCUGAUGAUGGCUUGUACAAGGAAGAACCUUGAAGUGAUCCAGGACCUUGUGGAACAUGGUGCCAAUCCACUCCUAAAGAACAAGGAUGGCUGGAACAGCUUCCACAUUGCCAGUCGAGAAGGCGACCCUGUGAUCCUCCGGUACUUGCUCACUGUCUGCCCAGAUGCUUGGAAAACAGAGAGCAACAUUAGAAGAACUCCUUUACAUACUGCAGCAAUGCAUGGCUGUUUUGAAGCAGUACAGGAGCUUCUUGAUAGAGAGCUCAGUGUCUACAAACUGAACAGGGCCACAAACCAAUCAGCAUGGCAAGGAAUUCAGGAUCCCCAAAGGUGUCACUAUGAACCAGACUGCAAAGAUAACUGUGGAGUCACACCCUUCAUGGAUGCAAUUCAGUGUGGCCAUGUUGACAUAGCCAAGCUGCUCCUUGAAAAACACAAGGCUUGCUCUUCAGCUGAAGAUAGCCUGGGGGCCCAGGCCCUCCACCGGGCAGCAGUCACUGGGCAGAAUGAAGCCAUACGAUUCCUGGUGUCCUGUCUUGGCGUUGAUAUAGAUGUGAGAGCAAAGACAACGCAGCUCACAGCUCUUCAUUAUGCAGCCAAGGAAGGACAGACGAGCACAGUUCAAACUCUGUUAUCCCUGGGUGCCAACAUCAACUCUAAAGAUGAAAGAAACCGAUCAGCCCUGCAUCUGGCCUGUGCAGGUCAGCAUGUGGCUUGCACCAGGUUCCUCCUGCAGUCAGGACUGAAGGAUUCUGAAGACCUAACGGGCACCCUGGCCCAGCAACUCACAAAGUGUAUAGACAUCCUUCAGGACUUUGACCACACCAUGAAAUCGUAAGGAUAUUUGAAGAAGGAGGCAACGAAGUUCAUGGUAAUUCACAUCGUGUUUUUUCAGUUACUGACAGAUGAGUGAGUUAUUCCUCUGCCAGUGUUUUCAUCUCCUUCUGACUUCCCUUCUUCAUGUUCCUCUGAUGGAAGACUUGCCAAACGACCGGGACAAUGGAUUCCUGGCAUGUUGUAUGAUCCUGAACACAGCCAUUUUUUGUUUGUUUGUUUGUUUGUUUUCUUUUUUCAAGUGUCCUGGGAAAUGAAUUUGGAGCCUUGCACAUGCUAAGCAAGUACUGUGCCACUGAGCUACAUCGCCAGCCCCAUAUUUUGUUUUUCUAGCCUUCGAGUAGCAUGAGAUUAAAUAUGGGUCUUGGGUAUCCCUAGGGAAGAAUGUGAUGUGAAUGGAUGUAAUAUAUACCCUUCUUUAAGUAUGUGUAAUAAAACUAGAAAUACAAUUGCUGUUUACAAAAGCUGUAAAACAUAA